AUGGCAACAUUGUGGGAGCAGGGUGCAGCUGACAGACAGGUGGUGAUCGACGCAGGCGCCGCCAUUCGUCUGAAGCGAUUAGAACGCUUCGGUGGUGAGCUCCUCACAACGAGUGGGGUUUAUGCCGAGGUGCGAGACGAGCAUGCAAGAGCCCUUCUGCAGACGCUGCCAGUUGAGCUGAAGGUCCUGGAGCCUCGACCAGAGGACAUUGCCUUUGCGAAGCAAUUUUCCAAGGCCACAGGUGACUUUGGCUUUCUGUCUACGAAUGACCUCGAUUUGAUUGCACUCACCGUGCGGCUGCACCGCGAGGCACAUUUGUCCCUCAAAGACCGACCUGCGGCGCUGGAGACUCGCAGCGAAGGACGUGCUGUUCCGUUCGAUUGGGGUCCACAGCGUGCCCCUACAACGACCUCCGCCGAUGCAGGUGGUGUGCAGCAGCCUGCGACAGAAGAGGAUGCGCAAGGCGACGAUGGUUGGGCUGUAGCACGUGGACGUCGUACGAGGGGGGCAAGGGUGGGAGGUCUGAAGAGUGAUGGACAGCGAGCGGCAGAGCUUCCGCAGUCUGUCGAGGACGCCCGUACAGACGAGGAAGCGAAGACCGUGAUCCCUCCGGAUCAGACGGCCAUGACGGCCCCAUCUGUUGACACCGAGGGCGGUGGUGGCAUCCCACGGUCAGACGACGAGCAAGCCGCUCGCGAGACGCAGGCAUCGCAGGAUGCUGGGGAUGCUGGGGCAGAGCUGCAGGAGGAUGGGGAACUAAGUGAAGAUGGAAGUAGUGCCGGCGAGUGGGUCACAGAGGAGAACAUGCACAGAUUUGGGAUUGGUGACUGGCUCUCAGAUUCUGCCGCAGACCUUCUGUGCUUUGAAGUUUUGCUGUUGCCGGUGAAAGUGUUUCGACUGCUAAGAUCCAACCGAAAGCUGACCUGCGUGCACUUCGGCUGCUGGUACAACUACAAGCAGAUGUACCGCACCGGUCUUCUGCAGCUCAGGGAGUGUGCCCCAGGCGAGCCCUCCGGCUGUUGCGAUGAUCUUCGAGGAAUCCCAUGGUCAGAGUUGAAGGAGAGCAGCCUCUUCCAGACGACUUGGGCGGACUGGUUGCGAUUCUUAGAGGCUCCUGGCCGCUGCCAGCGAAUCCCGCAACCUGAAGGUGAGGUGUUGACCUGCGUAUAUCGUGACGGUUGUCUAGAUCUGGAAGAUGCUGCAGCGCUGCUGUCAAACUCGGACAGAACACAAGCUGUGCUUUGGACGGCGUGCGCUCCUUUGUCAUUGAUCGCUCAGCUCUUCUGGCUGCACCUCGACAUUUCCUUGCCAGAAAGAGGACUAGAAUCACAGAUCCUGGCUCGCGUCCCCGAGCUUCUGCGCCUCUUUGUCUUGCACGCCGGCUUGCGGCACUGGCGGCGUGGCUCGCGUGGCUCUCCAGGCUCCAUCGGGACAGCAGAGGCAGAGCUCGAGAUGCUUCGCAUGCUCCACGUGACGGAGGGGAGAGUCGUCGGCAAGCUGAGGUCUCGGCUCGCAGAGCAUCGGAACGAUUUCAGCCGCUGCGAUGUGUGCUGUUCCGAUGCAACCUGUCCUCAUUCCGAGGGAACCGUGCAAGGGCUGUGUCCCGCUGACACCCGCUUCGACGCCGUUCAAGACUUGCGAGAUCGGCUCUGGUCGCGAGCAGCCUCCGUGCUGGAUGCGCUCGACGCCCAUGCCGAGCAAGGUCCUGGAGCUGCGGUGCCGCCAGGCGCCUCCCAAUUCAUCUCUCGCUUCUCGUACUGCGAUGAGGUCGCACGGGAGCGGACUGCCAAUAUGAGCCACAAGGAAGAAGUGGAGAUGCUGUGGACGGUGCUGAACUUCUCCUCCUGCGCAUAUCACCAGGUCGCCGAUUUCAUUUACUGCCAUGGCCAGCAGCGGCAAGACUGGCAGCUGUUCAGCGCUGCUCGUAUGCUGCAGCAGGCGGGCACCUUGGUGCUACUUUGCACAGGGUGCAGCUCGAUGUGGCCUUUGCCCUUUACGCUUUCAGACUUGUGGCACAAUCUUUACCGGUCGAUGGAUUGGGCCGUCAAGACCAUGGAGAUGGCCCAGACCGGGCCUCCGUCGCCAGGUUCUGCCAGGAUGUUUGUCCGGGCUCUGAGCAGCUGCCAGAUCUGGGAGACGGAGGAACCUCAGACUCUCUCCAUGGAUCCAGAGCGGAAGCUGUGGCUGCCGGAUGAAGCUGAAGGUUGGAAGACAUGUCCUCUCCGGCUGGGGCCAGUCCAGCUUGUGACGGGAAAGCUGCAGGUCGAUGUUCGGGUUCUACGCCAGCCGCUGCUUCAGGCAUGCCACGCCGCGGUGCGAUACCGCGUGCAUCCCAUCGUCAUGCAGAGGUCCUCGGCUCUCCAAAGCCGAGAUGGCACACUUCUCGUUUUGCCACUAGCAGAUUUGUCGUUUCACAUCUCAGUUGCCUUCAGAACGUGGCUGGGAGGCGCUUUGCUAUUGGUGCACCAUCUUCUGGGUGGGCCGGAGAAGGUGACACUGCUGCUGGCGGACCAUGAUGAGGCCGAACCAUUCUCCAGCCUGCCCCGUGCAGUUCGGUACGGAGGAAGCCAUGGCGGCUUUGGUGCGAGGAGUCGCCACGGCAACCUGAGCCCGCUGCUGGGAAUGCUGUCCCAUUCUCGGGUGCUGUGGCUCUCUGAAGGUUCCAACGCUCGGUUCGCAGAUGCAGUAUGGGGGUUCCCAAUCCCUGGGCUGAUGCACGGUCGGAAGACCGAGUACGACUGCAGUGGCAGUUUCUGCUUCGGGCUCCGCCGCCUCGCUCCACUGGGCCAGGCUGCAGUAACCUUGCGGCCAGCACUGGAUCACCUUUGCGUCCACCCUGCAAGGCCGAGGAGGCGAAUUCGCAUGCUCCUGGUGCAGCGUCCGAGGCAUCUUUCGCGGCGAAUUGGAAACGCGAGACUGAUGGCCAAGUUGUGGCAGGCAGCGUUCCCGCAGCUCGUGGUCGAAAUCUGGCGUCCCGAACUGCACCCCAUCAUGGAGCAGGUGCGCCGCAUGUCACGCGUGGAGGCCCUGGCGGCUGUUACCGGGCAGGCUUGUGGCUUGGGAGCCUUCCUUCACAGAGGCUCCGUCUUGCUGGAGUUUACGCCGGCGCUGGAUGGCUAUGGCUGCCACCCAGGGUGGGAUAUGAACCCCACAAGCGAGGUAGGACAAAUUGCGCGGCUUGCAGAAAUUCACCAUCGCUGCGUAAUGUCCACAUGUGUGGGUGUUGCUGCAAAUACGCCGCUGCCGGCAAAGCUAUCGGCCGAGCUGGCGUUGCAAAGCCGAGCGACAGCAGGAGGUGCAGACCCAUUGCUUCUCGCAGAAGCAGGUCUAACAUGGAGAACGGCGGCCUUUGCCAGUGAUCUUCCCGCCUCUUGGAAGAGGUGCAUCUGGUUCUUGCCUCACGACUUCAGUCGGAUGCUUCUGCACUGGGAGCAAAAGGGGCGCGGUCGGCGCAGUAAGUGUGCCAAGAAAGCAGUACUGCUGCAAAUGGGAAUUACUCCGCUGACCUUCGACGGCUAUGCGGUGAAGAGCGUCAAACUGUGGGGCCUGAUUUGCAGGGCAUGUGGCCAUUUCCAUCGGGACUCAUCGAAGGUGUUUUGCCCAAAGUGUGGCAAUGACACGGUCGUGCGAGUCCCGAUCGUCGUGGAUGAGGACGGUGUUCCUACUGUGGUCAAUUCUGGGAGGAAGCUCAGGACAAAGGGGACGGUGUUCUCCAUGCCCAAGCCGCAAAGUGGCAGGGUGUGGAAGCCGAUUUUCGCAGAGGACAGAGUGUGA